AUGGAGUCCAGAAUUUCACUCGCUCAGAAGCCAACGGAUGGUCCAGUUUAUGACGCCUUACGCUUCGCCUGGGCCAUAUGCAAAUCCGUGAAUGACAGAGUCAGGAAUCGCAAGAAGAAAUCGAAAAGAUCGUCUGAGCAACGUUCUGACGAAUGGGAUCUGCUCGAAGGGGGUACUGUUCGUACCUCAUCUCUCUUGAACAAAUACGAAGGUCCCGGCACGAAAUCCAUCACAGAGGAUAAGGAGAACUCCAACCCCCUGCGCAAGAACAAAGUCGCAUCUCACAAAAAGAAACAUGUUCCCCUUGUUAUCCCAACCAUUGUUCUCACAACUCCAGAAGGCGAGACAAUCGUUGGUAAGGACAUCCCCAAAGGCAGACGAGUUCAGGGCAGAAGCAGCACGUACACAGAACAGUGGUUAUCCUACGUCAGGAACUGCGAGACCCAUCUCCUUCCCAUCACGAAAUCUGUGCAGAAGGGUCUUGUGGAUGACGCGAAAGAAGCACGGAAGAAUGAAGCCAUUGAGAAGGAAGAGCAAGAAAAACGAGAGUCCGAACUGCGUCAGAAAGAGGAACAAGAGAGGCUCAAACAAGAGAAGCGCCGUCAAUCACAAGCCGCGGGAUUCUCCCUGGCAGAUGUGAAAAACCGCAUCAAUGGCAACCAAAAGGAAGUGCUGGAGCUAGAUUUGCUCAGAAAGGAACGUCAAAUCCAAGGAUUGAAGCACUUUGAGCAGCAGGAACUAUACAAAUCACAACAAAAGGAACCACAAGGAGCCUCUAUGGAGGCAGCCGCACGUAAGCGCUCUCGCCAGGAGAGACGCGAUGUCGUUGCCAGCCAAUGGGAGACGACUAGAUGCGAGGCCCAGACACACAGAGAGAAGAAGCAUGAUUUGGUUACGAAUAGACGCGGCGCGACUGGACAGAAGUUUACUCAGCCCUUGAGCCGCCAAUGA